AUGGCGAUCAAGAAAGUGCGUGUUAUUCGACUUGCACACGUAACAUACCAACAUCCCGACCUAGAGAAAGCUCUGACAUUUUUGUUUGACUUCGGCCUUGUGGAAGAACAUCGAACGCAGAACAAAGUUUACCUCCGCGGCCAUGGAAUCCAACCUUUCCUUUACGUUGCUGAGCAAUCACCUGACAGCAAGAGACAUUUCAUUGGAGGCUCUUGGGUAGUUGACAAGCUCGAAGAUUUGGAGACUGCGGCUAGCAAGCCUGGUGCCACUCCCAUUCAAGACAGUGACGCCCCAGGAGGUGGUCAAAUUGUCACUCUCACUGAUCCUAACGGUUUCAAAAUUUCAUUUGUGCAUGGGCAGAAGCUACGGAAGGAAGAGCCUUCCGCAGUCCACCUCGAACAGAAAUCCGACCAACUUCCAUCAAACACAGCUGUACAACAGCCACGCAAGGGCACCUUUCGAAGAUUUAAGCAAGGCGCAAGUCCAGUGCACAAAUUAGGUCACUAUGGGUUUGUCGUUCCCGGUAGUAAAUUCGAUAGCACACUAUCAUGGUACUUGGAUCUUUUGAAUUUGAAGCCAUCAGAUGCAGUCUUCAAUCCACAGACAGGUAAAGAGGAAACAAUCUUCAACCACAUUGACCUUGGUCAGGAAUAUACCGACCAUCACAGCCUGUUUUUUGCCUCGGGACCUGAAGAAGCUCCACCCCAUGUACACCACUCCAGUUACGAGAUCAAUGACUUUGACACUCAGACCCUGGGCCACGACUGGCUCCGUUCUAAAGGCUGGACAAAUUGUUGGGGCAUCGGAAGACAUGUGCUUGGCAGUCAAAUUUUCGAUUACUGGUUCGAUGGCUCGGGCAACAUUGUAGAACACUAUUCAGAUGGUGAUUUGGUCAAUGAAGACACGCCUUUUAGCAGAGAGCCCGCAGCAGCAGAUACUCUGCAUAUUUGGGGACCGAACAUCCCUUUAGGAUUUUUAACAGGGAGAAUCGAAGAUGCUGGCAAGGAGGCUCCAAGACCACCGGAUGUGCUGAACUCGACACCUGCUCAACUUCCACAGGUAGCAGCUUAG